AUGGUGGGCAUCACCAUGAAUCAACACACAACUCCCUCCCCUUUGCCCACCAGCAACCAGGAUGUCCGUGACGAAGCUCGUAAGGCGCAGCUUGACGUGGAGGACAGGCGAAGGGCUGCUUUCGCCAGCAUCAAGCAGCGAACGCAGAUCACCAGUUCUCUGACAAGGAUUCCCGAGGCCUCAGCCCUGCUGCACCCUCCUGAUCAUACCAUGCAGAACCGCAAGCUCAUGGAGCACAUCCGGGAGCUGGAGUCCGAGAUUGACACGCUGCAGGGCCAGCUGGAGGAGGCAAGGCUCGGGCCAAAGAAGAGCCCAGAGAACGAGGAAUCUCCACUGCGGCGGAAGAAAUCGCGGGCGAAGCGGAGUGAAGGGGAGCCAGAGCUGGUUGACCUGGAGGCCGAAGAGGAGGGCGGCAAGGAGGCGCACCCAUCAGACAACGACAAGGACAACGACGACGAUGAGCAGUCCGAGGCGGACAGGGCGUGGCAAGAAUGCCUAGCAAAUCACUUGCAGGAUUUCCAAUGA